AUGCCGCUAAAGAUAUAUAUCAAUUCUGCAUACCUCUUUUAUCUAGCAGCAGCACUGAUUGGAGCAUCUGAAAAUUUACCGGCACAGCUUAAGCUGUUGCACGAUAUGCUCGAGACGUACGACAAGAAGUCGAAACCAGUUUGGGAUCAUCGCAGACCCAUCAACGUGACUUUCAGCAUGGACCUCUACCAAAUACUGGAAGUGGUUGGUACUUGCAUUUUGCUCGUACCGUCUAUGAUAAGUUCGCAAACGCUUCUUGCUUUCGAGCCACUGGAACCAGAUCUUAUGAGGCUCACUUGA